CUUUUUGCAGGUAUUUCCCGCUCUCAGCUGUAGCCAACACAGAAGCAGAAUUUUUGGCGGUUCGGACGGUGUUAGGCGAUUUUUGUGAGCAAAAUCGACGAAUUUAGGCAUCGGAGAAGACUACUAGGAGCAUUAAUCAGAAUGGCUACCAAGGGCCAGACCACGAUUUCCUUCCAAUGCCGGAAGACUCGAUCUCAGACCAAGAAGCAGAUCGUCGUAGAAGAGAAGCCUUCUCGAACGAGUCGAAGAACUAGGCGUGGCGCCGCGACCCAGGAAAAACCUCGGGAGGACCCUGCACCCAAGCCCGAGCGCCCUCCCCUCUCUCCCCGCAAGCGUCCUUCUGACAAUACUCCCAGAGACAACUCUCCUGUGACCGCCUCGAAAUUCUGCCCGAGUCCGACCAAACGCAAGAAGGAGAACCAACCAGAGCAAGCCGUGACGUCCAACACCCUCCCCUCUACACCAACAAAGACCCUCCCCCGUCCUAACCUGCCCCCCUCCCCAUCUCCACUCAAGAUGACGUUGAUGAAAAAUGAAACUUUGUGUCCAAUCAAAAGUUCCGGGGUCAAGAAGAGACUAGCUUCACCAGAGAGAUGUCCUACGUCUCCAUGGAGACAAUCGCUACGGACACCAUCACCUAGGAAACAAGCCACACCUUUGAGGUUACAAAGACAAGAUGCCACCCCGUACCAGAGUGCAAAGAAGGCCCUCCACACGGCUGUUCCAGACUAUCUACUGUGUCGUGAGAAGGAGACUAAGGUUAUAACAGACUUCCUGGAGGAGCACACUACAAAACAACAGCCUGGCAGUCUGUACAUCUCCGGGGCCCCUGGCACUGGGAAAACUGCCUGUCUUACACAUAUCAUGAGGAACAUGAAGGGAAGUCUUGAGUCUACUAAGAUGAUCUUUGUGAACUGCAUGGCUGUGAAGAAUGCUCAGGGGAUCUUCAGUAAGGUCGCCAGUGAACUUAGCCCCACGUCUACAACUCCUCGUACCGCCAAGGAUGCCUCAAGACUUCUUGAGAAACAGUUCAAGUCCAAGGGACCCAUGAUAAUCCUUGUACUGGAUGAGUUGGACUCCCUAGACAGUAAGAACCAGGAGGUUCUUUACACCAUGUUUGAGUGGCCAACGCUACCCAAGUCUAGACUCAUCCUCAUAGGAAUAGCCAAUGCCCUGGACCUGACAGACCGUAUCUUGCCCAGACUACAAUCUCGGCCCAAGUGUCGACCUCAACUCUUAAACUUUGAACCCUACUCUAAGGACCAGCUAGUCACUAUUGUACAGGACAGGCUACAUAAGGCUUCGUUGGAGGGAGCGCCAGUGUUAGAGCCAAUGGCAGUACAGUUCUGCGCCCGUAAGGUGUCGGCCGUGGCGGGAGAUGUGCGGAAGGCGCUGGACAUCUGCAGACGAGCGGUGGAGAUGGUGGAGACCGACGUCAGGAGUCAGGCUGUACUCAAACCACUGUCUCCCACGAAAGGUUCUCCCACGAAAAGUCCAAGAAAAUCACCCAAGACUCCCGUGCCUAAGAAAGUUGGCCUGUCACACAUCGCGAGCGUGGUGUCGGAGGUGUACAGUUCUCGGAUGGUCGCCUCCAACACCAACCAACAGCAGACCUUCCCGCUACAACAGAAACUUGUCGUCUGUACCCUACUGCUCAUGCUCAAGUCUGGCAAGACAAAGGAGAUCACCCUAGGAAAGCUACAUGAGGUUUACAGUCGUGUGUGCAAAAAGCGACAAGUUGCCAACGUGGACCAGUCAGAGUUCCUGUCCCUCUGUACUCUCAUCGAGACCAGAGGAAUCCUCUCUCUCAAGAAGGCGAAGGAGGCCAGAAUGAUCAAGGCAUCUCUGAGAAUGGAGGAAUCAGAGUUGGAGUUCGCCCUACAGGACAAGGUCCUAAUGUCAUCUAUACUGAAGGAAGGCAUCCCGGCUUGAUCAAACACUGUAUAAACCUUACUCCUAACCACAACUAAAUCUCAGUAUCUCGAAAGUUCAUCUGUGUUGGUACAAGUCCAUAGUGAAGCAAGUUUUAAACUGUAGUUUCCAAUUUGUGUCAGUCCAAGGAGCCAGAAUUAUUUUCUUUUGUUCAUGCCAGAAGCCAUAGGGACUUAUGAAGC